CAGGUGGCCACAGUCCCAGCCGGGUCCCGAGGCCCCGCGGCCCAUGCUGGGGGCGGAGCCAGGGUGGAGGGCGGCGGCGCGGCCGGCCCCGCGCGGUGAUUGGCGGGCGGCCGGCGGUGGCUGAGGUCCUGGCGGCGGCGGCGGCGGCGGCGGGCGAGGGAGGCAGGCGGAGUCGCGGCUGGCGAGCCGAGAGGAUGCUGCUGUCCCUGGUGCUCCACACGUACUCUAUGCGCUACCUGCUCCCGGGCGUCUUGUUGCUGGGCUCGGCGCCCACCUACCUGCUGGCCUGGACGCUGUGGCGGGUGCUGUCGGCGCUGCUGCCCGCCCGCCUGUACCAGCGCGUGGACGACCGGCUUUACUGCGUCUACCAGAACAUGGUGCUCUUCUUCUUCGAGAACUACACCGGGGUCCAGAUAUUGCUAUAUGGAGAAUUGCCAAAAAAUAAAGAAAAUGUAAUAUAUUUAGCAAAUCAUCAAAGCACAGUUGAUUGGAUUAUUGCGGACAUGCUGGCUGCACGACAGGAUGCCCUUGGACAUGUGCGUUACGUGCUGAAAGACAGGUUAAAAUGGCUUCCAUUGUAUGGGUUUUACUUUGCUCAGCAUGGAGGAAUUUAUGUAAAACGAAGUGCCAAAUUUAAUGAAAAAGAAAUGAGAAACAAACUUCAGAGCUACGUGAAUGCUGGAACACCAAUGUACCUUGUGAUUUUCCCAGAGGGAACAAGGUAUAAUAAAACACAGACAAAACUACUUUCAGCCAGUCAGGCAUUUGCUGCUCAAAGGGGCCUUCCAGUAUUAAAACACGUGCUGACACCAAGAGUAAAGGCAACUCAUGUUGCUUUUGAUUCUAUGAAGAGUCAUUUGGAUGCAAUUUAUGAUGUCACUGUGGUUUACGAAGGGAAUGAGAAAGGGUCAGGAAAAUACUCAAUCUCACCGUCCAUGACUGAUUUUCUCUGCAAACAGUGUCCCAAACUUCAUAUUCACUUUGAUCGUAUAGACAAAAAUGAAGUUCCAGAGGAACAAGAACACAUGAAAAAAUGGCUUCAUGAGCGUUUUGAGAUAAAAGAUAAGUUGCUUAUAGAAUUCUAUGAUUCACCAGAUCCAGAAAGAAGAAACAAAUUUCCUGGGGAAAGUGUUCAUUCCAGACUAAGUGUCAAGAAGACUUUACCAUCAGUGUUGAUCUUGGGUAGUCUGACUGCUGUCAUGCUCAUGACAGAGUCUGGAAGGAAACUGUAUGUGGGCACCUGGUUGUAUGGAACCCUCCUUGGCUGCCUCUGGUUUGUUAUUAAAACAUAAGCAAGUA